AUGGAGGCCAGCAGGAAGCUGGUUUGCAGACAAAGGCAAGUCCUUUUCUUCUUUCUCUUCUUACACUUAGCUCUGGCGGGCUUUGAAUUUAGGCGUUAUUCUGUGGUGGAGGAAGCUGAAGAGAGCUCUUUUGUCACCAAUUUAGCAAAAGACCUGGGUCUGGGGCAGGGGGAACUCUCCAGGCGGGGAACAAGGGUCAUUUCCAAAGGAAACAAACUGUAUUUGCAGCUGGAUCAGGAGUCUGGGGAUUUACUGCUAAAUGAGAAACUGGACCGCGAGGAACUGUGUGGUCAGACAGAGCCAUGUGUGCUGCGUUUCCAGGUUUUGCUAGAGAAUCCCUUAGAGUUUUUUCAAGCUGAGCUACAGGUAAUAGACAUAAAUGACCAUACUCCAGUGUUCAUGGAUGGAGAUAUGUUGUUAAAAAUAUCAGAGAACAGUCUUCCUGGCACUACAUUUCCUCUGAAGAAUGCUCAGGACAUGGAUGUAGGCCAAAAUAAUAUUGAAAAUUAUAUAAUCAGUCCCAACUCCUAUUUUCGGGUCCUCACUCGCAAACGCAGUGAUGGCAGAAAAUAUCCGGAACUUGUGCUGGACAAAGUGCUGGAUCGAGAGGAGGAAGCUGAGCUCAGGUUAACCCUCACUGCUCAGGAUGGUGGUUCUCCACCACGGUCUGGCACCGCUAACGUUCGCAUUGAAGUGAUGGACAUCAACGAUAAUGCCCCUCAGUUUCAGCAGUUGCUCUACAAGGUGAAUAUUCCCGAAAACAGCCCAGUAGGCUCCCUGGUUGUCACUGUUUCUGCGAGCGAUGUAGACAGUGGACUCUAUGGGAAAAUAUCAUACGCAUUCUUUCAGCCUUCUGAAGAUAUUAGUAAAACUUUAGAGGUAAAUCCAAAGACAGGCGAAAUUCGACUGAGAAAACAAGUAGAUUUUGAAACAGUUCUCUUUUAUGAAGUGGACGUCAAGGCCACUGAUGGGGGCGGCCUCUCAGGAAAAUGCACUCUUCUCCUGCAGGUAGUGGAUGUGAAUGACAAUCCUCCGGAAGUGACAGUAUCUGCACUUACCAGCCCCAUUCCAGAGAACACCCCUGAAAUUGUAGUUGCUGUUUUCAGUGUUUCAGAUCCUGACUCUGGGAACAAUGGGAAGACAACUUCCUCCAUACAAGAUGACCUUCCUUUUCUUCUAAAACCUUCAGUCAAGAACUUCUACACCUUAGUAACGGAGAGAACACUGGACAGAGAGGAAAGAGCCGAGUACAACAUCACCAUCACAGUCACUGACAUGGGAACCCCCAGACUGAAAACCGAGCACAACAUAACCGUGCUGGUGUCCGACGUCAACGACAACGCCCCCGCCUUCACCCAGACCUCCUACACCCUGUGGGUCCGCGAGAACAACAGCCCCGCCCUGCACAUCGGCAGCGUCAGCGCCACAGACACAGACGCGGGCGCCAACGCCCAGGUCACCUACUCGCUGCUGCCGCCGCCCGACCCGCACGUGCCCCUCGCCUCCCUCGUGUCCAUCAACCCCGACAAUGGCCACCUCUUCGUCCUCACGUCCCUGGACUACGAGGCCCUGCGGGCCUUCGAAUUCCGCGUGGGCGCCGCCGACCGCGGCUCGCCCGCGCUCAGCAGCCAGGCGCUGGUGGUGGCGGUGGACGGCGACGCGGGCCAGAACGCCUGGCUGUCGUACCAGCUGCUCAAGGCCACGGAGCCCGGGCUGUUCGGCGUGUGGGCGCACAACGGCGAGGUGCGCACGGCGCGGCUGCUGAGCGAGCGCGAUGCGCCCAAGCAGCGGCUGGUGGUGCUGGUCAAGGACAACGGCGAGCCGCCGCUGUCGGCCAGCGUCACGCUGCACGUGCUGCUGGUGGACGGCUUCUUGCAGCCCUACCUGCCGCCCCCGGAAGCGGAAGCGGCGGCCGCGGCGCCGGCCGACCCGCUCACCGUCUACCUGGUGGUGGCCUUGGCGUCGGUGUCGUCGCUCUUCCUCUUCUCGGUGCUGGUGUUCGUGGCGGUGCGGCUGUGCAGGAGGGGCGAGGCGGGCUCGGCGGGUCGCUGCCCGGUGCCCGAGGGCCACUUCCCGGGCCACCUGGUGGACGUCAGCGGCACGGGGACCCUGUCGCAGAGCUACCAGUACGAGGUGUGUCUGAUGGGAGGAACUGGGACGAAUGAAUUUAAAUUUCUGAAGCCGAUUAUCCCUAAUCUUCCAGUCCAAGACACCGGUAGGCAUAUAGGGGAACACGAGAACUUUAGAAAUAGCUUUGGACUCAACCUUCAGUAA